AUGGCACAAAGGAAGAAAAAGUUUACGAAGAGGAAGAGACACACACCUAACAGAGAGCCGGAGGCUGACUCUGACUGUGGAGACUUUGAGCUGGCUGCUGAAGUUAAAGACGAUGAAUCUCAAGGGAGGAAGCUACCGAGGUUCCCCGCCUCCGCAGACUGCCUGUCAGAUGUGGAGCCGGACACCAGGCAGCUGGUCAGGGCUCAAAACAAGAAGAAGAAGAAGUCUGGAGGCUUUCAGUCCAUGGGUCUCAGUUACCCUGUUUAUAAAGGAGUCAUGAAGAAAGGUUAUAAAGUCCCAACUCCGAUCCAAAGAAAGACUGUCCCUGUGAUUCUGGACGGCAAAGACAUAGUAGCCAUGGCGAGGACUGGCAGUGGUAAGACUGCUGCCUUCCUGGUGCCAAUGUUUGAGAAGCUGAAGGCCCCUCAAGCAUCAGGAGCAAGGGCCCUCAUCCUGACCCCCACCAGAGAGCUGGCGCUGCAGACCAUGAAGUUCACAAAAGAGUUGGGGAAAUUCACCGGCCUAAAGACCGCCUUGAUCCUCGGUGGAGACAGAAUGGACGAUCAGUUUGCUGCUCUUCAUGAAAACCCGGACAUAAUCAUCGGUACGCCCGGUCGCCUCAUGCACGUCAUCCAAGAGAUGAACCUGAAGCUGUACGGCGUGGAGUACGUGGUGUUUGACGAGGCUGACAGGUUGUUUGAGAUGGGUUUUGCUGAGCAGCUUCAGGAGAUCAUCCGCAGGCUCCCGGACAACAGACAGACGCUACUGUUCUCCGCCACUCUGCCCAAACUGCUGGUGGAGUUUGCCAGAGCCGGGUUGACUGAACCAGUGUUGAUCCGUUUGGAUGUGGACUCGAAGCUCAGCGACCAAAUUAAGCUGUCAUUGUUCCAUUUGCGUGUGGAUGACAAACCUGCUCUGCUGCUUCAUCUGCUGAGGAACGUUGUGAAACCUCAGGAGCAGACCGUGGUUUUUGUCGCAACAAAACACCACGUGGAGUACCUCAAAGAGCUGCUGACUUUAGAAGGCUUGGAGUGCGCCUACAUCUACAGCGCCCUCGAUCAGACCGCCAGGAAGAUCAACAUCGGGAAGUUUGUACAUCGCAAAGCCAUGGUGCUUAUUGUGACUGAUGUCGCCGCUCGUGGUAUAGACAUCCCCAUGCUGGACAAUGUCAUCAACUACAACUUCCCCUCCAAACCCAAGCUGUUCUUGCACAGAGUCGGCCGUGUGGGACGUGCUGGGCGCAGUGGAACAACCUACAGUAUGAUAUGUCAAGAUGAGAUGCCUUUAGUCUACGACCUUCACCUCUUCCUCGGAAGGCCUGUGCAGUUUGCCACGCAUGAACAACAAGAUGCAGAUGGCGUGUUUGGUCGGGUCCCUCAGAGCAUCCUGGACGAUGAAAGUUCCCAUCUGAUCACGGCUCACGAGAACUCCCUGGACCUGCAGAACCUGUACCGGGUGUCUGAGAAUGCCUACAAGCAGUACCUCAAGUCUCGUCCUAACCCCUCAGCAGAGUCCAUCAGGCGCGUCAAAACCACAGAUAUGUCCAGCAUGGCGGUUCAUCCAAUACUAGGGUCAGGUUUGGAGAAAAUGGAACUGGAACGCCUUCAAAUAGUUGAUGCCAUCAAAGGCUACAAAUCCAAAUCGACAAUUUUUGAAAUCAACUCUAACAGCAAGACACAAGCUAGUGAGGUGAUGAGAGCCAAGCGCUCCAGGGACACGCGGCUGGUGGUCAAAUUCAGCAAACGGAAAGACGACCUGGCAGAAGAAAGCAGACUGAAGGCACCAGUCAACCCGUCCACAGCAGACGACGAUUUCUCACAGUUAACAGACGAAGAAGAGGACGUUCUACAGGGGGUGUUCUCUGAAGUUGUAGGUCGAAAAAAAAGAGGCCCACAGGAAGCUGGGGAAGAGCAGCCGAGGAACAAGAGAAGCAAGGAAGGCAAAGACGAGGAGUAUUACAUCCCAUACAGACCCAAAGACUUCAACUCUGAAAGAGGGUUAAGUCUCGGUGGGGAGGGCACUGCCUUCGAACAGCAGGCCUCCUCUGCUGUCCUGGACCUCAUGGGAGACGAAGGAGCGAAGCUGAACCAGCACAAGAAAAUAAUGAAAUGGGACCGUAAGAAGAAGCGCUUUGUUACAGAAACAGGAAAGGCGGACGAGAAGAAGAAGAUCAGAACAGAUGGUGGUCAGGUCAUCUAUAACAAGAAGAACAGAAAGAACUUCUAUGAGGAGUGGAAGAAAAGAUACAAAGUGGACGACGGAGGAUCAGGCUCAGACGGAGAGACAGGAGGAGGGAGGAGGCCGGGAGGAGGUCGAGGCCGAGGACGGGGCGGAAGUCGUGGUGGAGGUGGAGGUCGUGGUCGUGGUCGGCCAGGUGCGUACUCCCAGAAUCCUAACUUCCAGAGGGCUGCAGGGCCGCAGCAGACGCCAGGCGGACGCAGAGUGCGCUCAGAGCUGAAGACACACGAGCAGAUCCUGAAGCAGCGCAAGAAAGAGCAGAAGCACAAGUUCCUGCAGAGCGGAGGAUUAAAGAAUCUCCGGAACAAGAACAGACAGUGGCUCGGAGAAGUGAAGAAGUCAGGGUUUGGCCGAGGGGGUCAAAAAAAGGGUAAGAUGAGGAAGAAACUGUGAGGAGGAUAAAGACUUGCUCUGAUCUUUCUGAACCACCUUACAUAGACCCAUUUUUUCAUGAUUGUGGAUGAAAGGAGACGAUGAUUUCAUAAAGAGGCUGUAAAGAUGAACUUCCCCCUCAAGCAUCAUGACCUACGGGACUCUUAACUUUGAUAAGAGAUGUAUACUUAUGUUUGCUUUCUUUAAGUGCUGACUGAUAAAUGUUGAACUUAUUAUUUCAAAAUACAGAUACAGAUUAAACACCA